CUGUCGUUAGCUAGUUUGUAGCAUGGAAGUUUUACGUCCACCUCUUAUCAAUAUAAAUGGAAGAAUAUAUCGAAGAAAUGUCAUUAAGGAAGAACAUUAUCAAGAAGAAGAAUACGAUUUCUCCUGUAUGAGACCACCAGAAGAGGAAGAGCUUGCAGCGGAGGAAGCCUGUAAUACCCACUUGAUUGAACAGACUGAUAAAGGAUACCGCUGUGCCAUUGAUGUCCCAAGUGUGUUUUACAAGUACAUCAUUGGGAAAAAAGGAGAGACACGCAGACGUCUAGAGUUUGACACAAAGACAUCUAUCAGCAUCCCAAAACAAGGAGUGGAAGGACAGAUUGUUAUCACAGGUUCCCACAAAGCUGCAAUCUCAUCAGCAGUGACACGAGUUGAGGUCCUUCUUGAGAGUUUCAGGAGAAAGCAGCCUUUCACACACUUCCUGUCAUUUCCUCUGAAUGAUCCCAAAAUUCAAGAAGGAUUCCUGAAAUUUAAAGAUGAGGUGCUGCAGCAGUGUUCAAAGGAUCAUGGAGUAGAGGGAAGCAUCUUUCAGAGUGCUGCAAAACUUCACCUGACAAUUGGCACCCUGACUCUGUUAAAUGAUAUGGAAGUCAGGAAAGCAUGUGAACACCUCCAAGAGUGUCGAAACUUUAUCAGGGACAUCACAGAUGGAAAACCUCUGCCACUGGAGGUGUCAGGUAUUGAGUACAUGAAUGAUGACCCGGCCAUGGUGGACGUCUUGUAUGCCAAAGUCAGAGUUAAAGACAGAUCUGACAAGUUGCAGGUAAUUGCAGACCGACUGGUGGAGCAUUUUGUCUCUGCAGGGCUGAUGGCCAGGGAGUGGGACAGAGUGAAGCUGCAUGGCACUGUGAUGAACACACUGUUCAGGAACAACUCCAAUGUUGAAGACAUGGGUGGACCAGGAAGACAAACCAUGAAUGAAAGAGAAGCUUUUGAUGCCAGAAACAUAUUAAAGAAACUUGGUGACUAUUGUUUUGGUGAGUUUGAGCUGAGCACUGUGCUGCUGUCCCAGAGAUAUUCAACCGAUUGCACGGGCUACUACACCUCUGCAGGGAGCAUCAACUUCUCAUGAGCUUCUGCAACGCUGAACCUAUUCUGAGGGGCAUGAUUCAGGAUGCGCUGGGCAGAUGUCCUCAGUAAUGGUCAUACUGAAAACAUGGCAAACAUGCGUCAUUCACAGACAGACUCAGACACUGAAGAUGGAUUUUAUUUCACUAUAUGUUUAUUUAAAUGGCCACAUGUGUGUUUUGUUGUGUAGAUGAGGAAAAUAUUGGACUAGAGCUGCUAUGAAUGAUUGUUUUUCAGUAUGAGCCAACUAGUUGAUUCUCUUCUUGAUUACCUGAAGUCUUUUUUUUGUCUAUAAAAUAUCAGAAAAUAGUGUAAACUACAUAAAAUUGAAGUCCCUCGUUUAGCUUGUUUAAGCCCUAUACAAACAUUUAAUAUUUGACUGACAAAUCUAAGUCUAUAGAUUCUGGAAGAUUCUUACAAUUGAGAAGCUAGAAUCACCAAAUGUAUGGCAUUUUUGUUUGAUAAAUUGCAUUUUUGAGUAACUAUACAUUUAAAAAUCUGCUGCGUGCUAAUUUGAGUUCCACAUAUGACGGAAUGGUUUUGGUUGACUCCUGACUAAAUCGUGUUACUGUGCGUGUCUGUGUGGGUGAGCUUGCUUUCGCACUACUCGACAUAUUUUUCUGUCUCUACCACAUCUCCCGUCCUAAUUAGUUAGCCCUGUGCUUCCUGCUGUGGGAACUUCCAACCUGACCCUUGAGACUUCGAGACUAGCAUCCCUUUCAAUAAGCCUGAUAAAUGAGCCCUCAGUUGCCUGUUGGUGUUACCAUAGACCUAUUUCCUCUGUGGAACUGCCUCCCUAUUUGAGAAGACCUGAGGAGACACAGGAGCUGCAGUUUUAAUUAAAAUGUUAAACAGUUUGGUUGUCUUUGCAGGCGUGUGCACACAUGCUUGUUUACAUGCAUUGAUGAGUCAAAUUAACUGCAUGUUUCAAAGGCUGCCCACUGAAAACAAGCCUUUGCGAUGUAAAAUCAGCUGAUUAAAAUGUAUCAUCCAGUCCUUUUGAUCCCUUUAUUAAAAUGUAGUAAGAAAAAAAACUUAGAUUUUUUUUUUUAAUAAGUGAAAGCAAAAGCAAUCAGUUCGAACAAUCUUAAAAACUUGCACUGAGCCCUCAGUAAUGAGGAAUUUGUAUCACGUUUGGUAACUGAGGACUUGUGUUAUCUCAGCCACGUAUUGUUUAGACUUCUUUCUAAUUUGCAUAUUUAAUUUCAUGCCAGUUAGCCUUUUUUUAUGCAAAGUUUGUUUGGGAAAUAGGACUUGCAUUGUAGAUUUUGAUAUUGAGAACCACACUACACUAUUUUUCAUAGUGUAAUUAUAAAUUAAGCUUUCAUUCAGGAGAGCUGGCGUUAACAUCUGCAGGGAGAAAAGAUGAUGCUUGACAGACAUGACCUUUUAAUACAGUAGAUAUGUUUGAUUUCCAUGCUCAGCAUAACUAAUAGCACAUGAACAUCAAUUAAGCAUCUAAUUACUCUUUAAAGGAUAAGGCUGGUCAUUUUCUUUAUUAAUAGUAUUGCCUUUACUCACGGUUAAUGUCUCUCAGUCUUAGAUUAGCUUAUUUGUCUAUGCGAUAGAUCUCUAUUAGAUCUAUCCUUUAAGGUCAUGGUAAGUUGUGUGCACUAAAGCGUGGACAUCGACCAGGUCCAUUUAAGAAGUCAACAUGUAAAGAUAUUUUAAACUAAAUCCAGUUAACUCAGAGGUGUCAUGUUCGAAUCCUUAUUUUCAUCAGUCUUUUGAAUGAUGAAACACAUUGACCCACGAGAAGUUGCUGUAUAAAUGAUCGUGCGACACAAAGCUGACAGAUCUUUCAAACUGGAUAUUGUUAGGAGUAUGACAGUGUGUCUUUCUUUGUCUGGUCUCUUUUGUUGAAUGUGGCUGUCCCACUGAGUGUCACCGCCGUUUGAGGUUCACACUAAUCACUCUGUCACUAAUGGGCCUGAGCGACCUUGAUGUACAGCCGUGGCUAGAGUAUUUGAAAUGUCUAAUCUGUGU